AAUAAUGAUGAUGAUGAUGAUGAUGAUGAUGAUAAUGAUAUUAACGCCAAAACAAAACACACCACUAUAAAUGAAAAACAUAUAAAACAAACACAAGGGGAAACAAAAACGAAAAUAAACAACAAAAGCUAAGCUUGAAUCAAAAGUGAAAAUACUUGAGUCUGAAUGGUUUAUAAAUACGACUUGUUUUAAAAUACGAUUCAAUUCUAAACUGGUUCACUGCAAGCCGCACUACAACAGUAAGAGCUGAUUACUUCGACUGGUCUUUACUUAUCACACAAGUGGAAAAAAGAUAACACGCGCUUAGAAAAAAAAAAAAAAAAAAAAGAAACAGCAAACAGAAAUAAUAGAAUAUCUUAUUUGUUAGUAAACGAUGGAAGCUGUUACCAAUUCUGUAAAUGAAAGUCUUGAUACCAAGAAAACUCCAACAAGAUGGGUGACUGAAGAAGACAUUUACGAAGAAGUUCAAGAAGAUGCAGAAGGUUUUGAUGAGUAUACAUGUCCGUUGUGGAAUUAUGAAUGUUGGGAAGUUCCUGGAAUUCUAUCAAGAAUUAAUGAAGAAAUUCCUCGACAAUAUUACAAAGCAUUGCAGCAUUCAUUAUUCGAAACCGGUUUUCCGGAGACGCAAGACAGAACAUCCAAAGUUAAGACUUUCUCCCAUGAACAGGUUUCAAUCACCAUUUUAUCAUCUCCUGUUGAAUGUUUGAGUGUUCUGUUAGAAGGAGGAGAACAAUGUCCUGGAAAUAUGCUACUGGUUCUUUCAGAUUCCUGGCUUAGCAAGGAACCAUCUUCUACACAAAGUUCCAAAUUCUCUUUGUACAUCAACAAGGCCAUAGCUUUCUAUAAAGGUAAGUUGUUUAAUCUGCUAAUCUAGAUUUCUGAUCUCAUU